AUGGCGGGGUUGCCAGUAGCUAAAAAACAAAAAAAAACAACCAAGCCAAACCCGUUUUCUCAGCCUUCUUCCUCCCCUUCUGCAGGCUGGGUCGGUUCGACGAGUCUGGCCAUGUCCCGGCUGUCGGCGCCGCUGGUGGUGGCCCUGUGCCGGAGGAAGAGCACGCGUCUCACGGCCGUCAUCGGGGGCCUCGUCAUGGCGCUGGCCAUCCUCUUCGCCUCCUUCGCCCUCCAGCUGCACCAGAUCUUCCUCAGCUACGGCCUGGUUUUGGGCGUGGGCGUGGGCAUGACGAGGGAGACGGCCAACCUGAUGCUGGGCCAGUACUUCAAGCGGAGAAGAGAGUUCGUCGAGAUCAUCGCUCAGUCAGGAUGCGGGAUCGGAAUCACCCUCUUCUCCGUUUUCUUCAAGGAGGCCAUCAGGUCGGUCGGCUGGAGACUAGGCCUGCAGGCUGUGACCGGGGUCGUCUUCACAGCCUUCUUCCUCGGGAUAUUCUACAGGUCGGCUUCCCUCUACCAUCCGCAGCGUCGGGCCAUCCUGCACCUCAAGAACCAAAAGAGAAAGCAAGUGAAGGACAAGAACAAGGUCGACGCAGAUAAGCCUCCUUACUUUGACCUUAGUUGUCUUAAGGUCAGGUCAGUCCAGAUCCUCAUAGCAACAGCAGCAGUCAGCUCUGUCGGCCUUUACGCUCCACUCUUCUACCUCAUCCUCGGCGCCCAACGCGAGGGCUUGGAGGACUCGGCACUGAUCCUCCUGCAGACUUUCCUUGGCUUUGCCUACGCCCUCGGCUGCAUCGGCUUCGGGCUCAUCGUCGUCAAGCAGAGCGCCCAGUGCAUGAUCUCGCGCCAGUACCUGUGUCAGGCGUCGCUCUACGGCUUAGGUGUGACCGUCCUAGCCCUCACAGCAGUCCGGGGCUAUUACGGCUACGUGCUAUUCAUGUGGCUCUACGGCUUGCUACUCGGAGGCGCCCACUACGCCCUCCAGAUGCUCACCCUCGAGAAAGUGCGGGCGCGGCACUUCUCGAGGGCUUGGGGCUUCAUCCAGGGUGCCACGGCCUUCCCUAUUCUCUUCGGGGUGCCUGUGACAGGCUACAUCAACGAAAGCAACCCCAAGACGGGCUACUUCUUCUCGAGCGUGUUCAUGCUGGCGGGCGCGACCUGCCUCUUCCUGCUGAACUACUUCAAGGAGAAGAUGGCCAAGCACGACACCAGCGUCUCCUUCACGACCGUCGACUCGCACGUGCCCCACGAGCCGUACGCGCUGCCCCUGGAGAACGGGGGCGGCGGCGGCGGCGGAAUCAAGGGUCCUGUGUGCACGUGCGGCGCCGACCAGGGCGCGCCGCCCCCUCCGCAGGGCGUGGCGCACGACCCGGCGCAGGCGCAGGCGUUCAACAAGCUGGGCAAGACCAUCUCGUUCGCCACGUCGGUCGACAUCAUGGAGCCGCGCCUCAAGCCCGAGCUGCUGACGUGCAUCUCGGAGGAGGGGCUGCUCGACCACUACUACGACUACGUGGGCGACUGCGUGACGUCGUGCAACAAGUUCGACAACUUCCUCGCCUUCAACGACUUCGCGGACGGCGUCGACUUCGCGGACGCCGAGGACGAGGAGGACGAGGCCGAGGAGCCGCCGCCGCAGCGCGCGACGCCCGUCCACGCCGCCGGCCGCCGCCUGCGCCAGGCCAGCGGCGUCAGCUUCAGCGAGCCCGAGGGCCUGGCGGGCUCGGCCAGAGCAGCGGCAGCGCCUGUUCCCUAG